AUGGAAGAUUGCCAGGUGAAUGAGGAUAAUGAGCAGCCGAGGACUGACAAUCAGGGAGAGGCCGAGAUACGCAAACAAGGAAAGAGGAACGGACCAGGAAAUGAAGCAAAGAAGAAUAACAAUGGACACAAAACACAGGAUAAAACACAAGCUGGUGGUAACGAGGGCGGAAACUCAGUGAAGCUUGGACACAAAAUACAGGAGAAGGGAUCGGGUGACCAGAAGAAUCAAUUAUCGGCGAGGGGUGGGAAGAACAAACAGACGGUUUCGGUGAACUUGGUAAAUGAGGAAGCAAAGAAGUCAGGCAAUCCUAUACCAUUGGGGGGGACGCCGAAAAAGAUCAUAGGCCAGGAUUCUAGGCUAAUAAGGAUUAGAACAAAGGAAAUCGGCGGCGGCGGCCUUGUAUCGAUAAAUCUGGCGAUCGUGGAAGGCCUGAGGGCGAGAUCGUCUCUGAAGCCUGAAGCUGCAGGCAUUGGCCGUGGAGGAGGUGAUCUAGACAGCGACGACGACGACGGCGUCCAUGUCCUCGGCUUUAGGCGGUGGCGGCGGAGACUUCUCUCCAGGGUGAGAGGACUCUCAUUCACCUGGGGCUUCGGCCUGCGGCUUUUGCUCUUCAUCGCCGCCAUCGCCACCUUCUAUACGGCAUUCUCUUCUCUUCCCAUCGAGAAGAAAUUGAAGGACCUCCUUGUAUGGAUAAAGGAGGAUCUUGGGCCAUGGGGACCGCUUGUUCUGGUUCUUGUGUACAUUCCUCUCACAGUUCUAGCAGUUCCUGCUUCGGUUCUUACACUUGGUGGUGGUUAUCUUUUUGGGCUGCCGGUAGGGUUCAUUGCUGAUUCCAUAGGUGCCACAUUAGGCGCAACUGCUGCCUUCCUUGUUGGUAGAACGGUUGGUAGACCAUACAUUAUUUCCAAGUUAAAGAACUACCCAAAGUUUCAAGCUGUCACCAUAGCAGUUGAGAGAUCUGGCUUCAAGAUAGUUUUGCUCCUUCGGCUUGUUCCUUUACUUCCAUUUAACAUGCUGAAUUACCUCCUGUCUGUGACUCCUGUUCGUGUAGGGGACUUCGUGCUGGCAUCUAUGCUUGGUGUAAUGCCAAUAACAUUUGCACUAGUCUAUGUCGGGACAACAUUGAAUGACCUUUCUGCUAUUACACAUGGAUGGGCUGAAGCCUCAAAAAUGCGCUGGAUAUUCAUGGUGCUGGGAUUAGCGAUAUCCGGCGUUCUCUUCUUCUUGAUUGGUAGAAUCGCCAAAGCUGCUCUGGAGAAAGCCUUGUCUGAAAAUAGUGACUUGGAAGCUGCUGCAACAACAACAACGUUACUGGAUUCGUCAUUGCCUCUAAUAAUUACGGUAGAUCCUGUGGGUGGGGGAUGA